AUGCCAUCUCAACUAACAUCCAUCACCAGACCCCGUCGCAGUUCCACCCGCAUCGAAACACCCUCAACCCGCACUCAACAGACAUCUUCCUCCUCACCUUACAACUUAACCAUCACCACCUCUCCACCCACCUCUCUAUCCCCCUCCUCGAACUUCAACACCCGCAUCCUCAUAACCGCCCGCCAACGCACCCGCCCCACAAACUUGCUCGCCGUAAUCUCCCUCUGCUCUCCCUCCGGCAUCCCCCUCCCCGCCGGCCACCUCCUCACAACCUCCAAACUCAUGGAUUCCGUGUCUGAACCUUCCCGCUCUGAUCUUUCGGUUUUGGGCAGAGGACACAGACAGGAAAUCGUGGGUGCGGCGGGCUUUGAAGGGUUGUGUGUGCAGACGCAGGGAGAGUAUAGAGUCAGAGUUACUAUUGCGAGAAUGGAGGGGGAUGGGUGGGAGGCUGUUGCUGAGGUCGACAGUGCGGUGUUCAGGGUUGCUGGUAGAGGUGCUGUCAAUGGGGUUAAACGUUGA